AUGCUCUGCGAUGUCUGCGAUGCACCUAUCACUGCCAUCGCGUGCCCCAGUAAUCGCGACGAGGUUUACUUUGCUGUAGGGAAUACCGUUCACUGCAGUCGGACGGCGUCAUUGGAAUGCAGCACAUCGGUGAAUGGCUCACGGCUGACUUCCGCCACCGUCCACUUCGCCACAGCGCCGCCGGGCACCACGAUUAGUGCAAUGGACGUGGCGUACCCCUCGUCGCAGCUGCCAAUCGUGUUUAUGGGUGCGGCAGAUCGCGUGCUUGCCCGAUGUGGCGCAGUCAGUGACCCGUCAAGACGCCCUUGCAGUGUCAUUCUUCACGCAGAUGAAGGGCGUGUGUUGCGCAUCGUGGUGGACGAGCGGAGAGGCGUCGUGUGCGUGGCCACCGCCUCCAAUGAUUUGUUCUACGGUGCGUUGGACCGCAUCGCGCAGGCACUGCACGCACAGACAACCUCCAGCCACCACGACGUUUCAGCUUGCUGCGCGUUUUCACGUGUUAGCGGUCCGCGGCUAGGCGUCGUACUCGCCGCGGAUUGUCAAGUGCAGCAUCCGCUCUUAGCAGAGCGGUAUGAAGGCCUCAUCGCUUCUGUGGCGAAAGGGAUGUCGUGUGUGUCGUGCAGAAUUUUUUCGGCCACGUACGCGGGUGAGGUUGUGGAGUGGGAGGCCGCCGAGCAUGAUGACUGUGCGAGAGUGCCUGGCACAGCGCUACAGCAGCCGAGCAGAGAGUGGGCUGGGUCGUGCUCUGUUGUGUCUCGCGUGCAGGCUCAUCCCAGCGGCUGUGCCAUCUUCGCGGUGCGGGUGAACACGACGUAUCCAAUGUCGUGCGGCACGGGAAGUACGCAGGGCGAUGCCACAGCACUCGCGCGCACGCACCUCGUUUCCUGCAGUGACGAUCGGUCUGUUGUGCUGUACGAACGACGAUUUUUGAUCGCAUCCAAUGGCAACCAUCUGGAAGGGCAUGCAGAGCCGCAAGAAAGCGACUGGGUGAUGCUGUGGCGUGGGAGCGGUGGUAGUUUUGCCCGAAGUCGCAUUUUCGACGUUGCACUGCACUCCACAUGGCGGCUGUCUGUGUCGAAGGACCCUGAGCAGCCUUGGUGCAGCUGCGCCGUAUACGUUGGCGUUGCCGGCGAGGACGGCUCCGUGCAAGUGAUCGAAGUGAACCCCAGUGACAAUGGCAACUUGGUUGCGUUGUCCUUGAACAACGUGACUCAAGGCGCCAGCAUGCAGGCUGUUGCAACGCCUCGCCUCCUGCGCUGUCAUCAGCACCGAGGUCACGGGGUUUAUCGUGUUGCCUUUUCUACACCGUCCCCGCACUCCGUGACUCUCAUCUCUGGUGGCUUCGACGGUGCGGUGUUUGCCCACAUGCUACCGUUCGCACUACAGCGCGAGAAAGAUGGUGAGGGCGGAGCGGUGCAGCUGCGAACACACGAGGUAAUGCUGCAACCUCCGAUUGUGCCAACUGCAACGAUCUGCGGCAACGUGGCCACCGAUCGUGAGGAGGUACUGCGACCACAUUCAUCAUUCAGCUCAUCGGCGAAGAAGACCGAUCAGGUGCGCGCGGUACAUGUGGACAGCAAUGGGUUUCUACUCGCCUGCACUGGCCGUGCCUUGUGCGUGCUAUGUGCUCAUUCACCGUUGCACAGCUGGUGGAUCGCACUGCUGCCCGAUGCGUCACGAGAGCGUUAUAAAGCUGUUGGGGACGAGCCCGCCUUGGAUUGGGGUUUCCCAGCAACCUUGGAAAGCGUCAUCGCACAGUGCUGCGUACCUUCUGCGAGAAGAGAGAACCUUGCGUCUAUUGGGUGCGCGUUGGUUGGCACGACAGUGGGUGUCCUGCGUGCUGUACCAUACUGCUACUACAACGCGGAGCUCGGUGUCUCCUUUCCUGUAGCGGCGUUAGCAGCGGCACCGACACGGCGGCCAGAUGACGAGUUACUGGCCACGUUAGCUCUGCAGACCUUUGGCAAAAUCACUCAAGUGUCCGCUCUGCACGUUCCCGAAGGCAGUGUUAGUGCCGUCCCACACGUUCUCAGCGGUGACAGCGAUGCAGUGGCACACAGCUCGUCUGACACCAUUAAAAGCGAAUUCAUUGUGGCGACAAAUCACGUACGGAACACGAUUGUGCUAUCAAGGAUGCUGCUAGCCGUGUGCCAUGCUGGUAGCAGUGGGGAGGACGCUAGUACGGGUGAGCGGUCCGUCGAACUUUGCGUAAGCGCUGCGUGGCACAUACUCGUCGUCUACAGUGACUGCCCCGGUCCUCUCACGACAACCUUGUCGUUGUUACCUAUCCCUUGUGGCCUAUGUAGCAUGAGUAGGCUCAGCAAUGACAGCUGCUGCUCUGUGACGGGCAACGUGGUCCUUUCGCUCUGGCUGCUCGCUGGAGAUAAGAAUGGGUGCCUGCUGGGCACACAGUACGAUGUACUGACUUGCAGUCUUGAGGCAGUGAGCAAUUCUCUUGAUUCUCACGCACUGCCUCCUGCUACCUCCCUAAAGGUGGUUGCCACUGUUCACCGCUAUGUCUUUGCCGAACACUUACACAUUGCUAUUUCGGCUGUUUGUGCAGAGAUCUGCAGCUCUGCACCCACUGGCGAUGGCGUGCGUGAGCCAGGGGCCACCCUCAUCACGGUUGGUGGAACCGGUGGUGUGGUGGAAUACGUGUACCUGCAUGCCUCUUCCUCUUCGAGCGUGGGUGAAGUAGUAAAGGGGUCUCCGCUGCCAUCGCCUGCGAGGGAGCCGUUGCGCCUCCCUUUUGAAGUCUCUGACGUUCUCUCUGUCUCGCCGUGCUUGUGGGUGGUUCAGUGCGGCACUACGGUCUCCUUCCUUCAUCGCGUUCCGGGGCAUGCAUCGUGGGUGCCGGUGGGCAGCUGCAACGGGGUUCGUGCGCCACGAUUGCUGACCGCACGCAUCGUUGCCACCUCCCCUACCGGUAGCCCGAUUGCCUUCUUUGCGCACUGCUCCGACGGUCGAACAGUGCAGCAGAUCUUGGUGCGACCAGACCCCACCGCACUGCUGCCGUCAAAGCUUCCAGUCUUUGGUGCCCAGACAGCUCUUCUGCAUGGAGUAGGCUUCCCAGGCAAGGACUAUAACUGCGUCGCGUAUGCACCAGCGCCGCUUCACUGUCUUUUGAUGGGUAAUGAAGACAGUAGCCUUGCCUUGUAUCCGAUUCGCGCUGCGAGGGCGGCCAUGGGGAUGCCUCAUGCUGAUUCUUUGUUUGGUGGCGUCCUCACUCCGUUGAACGUGUGUGGUGCCCAUCACUCAAACAUCCUGGCGGUGACCGUGCUGCCCGGGACUGAGGCGGAUGUGCUGCGGUUUGUUUCGGUGGGCGGCGGGGCCAUGGUGAACUUGUGGUCCGCUGACCGGAUUUUCAGCCCUCUGCAGCUGUUGGACUGGUGGUGCGGCAGUGGCACCCCGCCCCUGCACAACACCGCGUCAUCGCCGCCGGAUGGCGCUUCUUCGGCUGAUGUGAAGGGGGACAGUGUGUCACGUGAGCCCUGCAUCAGCAGCACCCAUUUCCAGAGACGGCGCAGAAAGCGAGUUGUUGCGGCGUCUGCGUCGCUGACGCUCACAGAGCGCAACCCGCGCUUUAUGGCGGUGACGGCGUUGAGCUCGACGGAAAUCGCUGUCGGCAGCAGCGAUGGAACAGUGCUUUUCUUCCACGUGCACGAAGACCGCGGCGCGAAAGGUGGGUUGCCUCAGGCGACAGGCGCCACGCUGGAGCUGAGGUGGCAAGGGGUGCUGAACACGCACCGGACAAAGCCGGUCAUGUGUAUGAGCAGCGCCCAUGACGGUGGCUGCGACUCGUUGACGUGCUCCUCAAAUGCGGAUCUGGCAUUACCGUUGGUGAUGGCUGGGGACACAAAUGGAGUGGUGUACGCCAUCGACGCCGCUUCGCAUAUUGUCCGCGCACACGCACGCGUGGAGCAGUCGAGCGUUAACGCGAUCAGCGAGCUGCAGAGAAUUCAGAAGGUCUUGCCGCCCCACGCAGAGGCGACAACGCACCACUGGCGGUUCGCGGCACUGCACGACUCUGGGGUUGUGCACUUGAUGGCGUUGGAGGUUGCUACGGCGCAAGGUGAGGGGGUGCAGGCUGCUGAGCUGCAGCGACUCUGGAGUGCGUCCACUGGGUUGACGGCAGGGAGGAGUGUGCACUGGCCCGCGCUGUCAAUGCCGCUCAUUGUAGUCACUGAGGAACUCAUCAUUGAGUUCGAUCCAGAGGCAGCGCAGCGCGGGGAAUUGCGUCAUGUGCAUGCUCAGCGAGUGAGUGUUCGGGGCGUGAGCGGAGCCGCUGUCGUGAACCAGACAUCAAGGAAUCAGCCACUGCCGAUUCGAUCACGAGUGGCUGUCGUGGGCCAGGGGUUCGAGCUCGUUGGGUGA